AUGGAAGGAGGAAUCAGACUGCAACUAUUUCUCCUGGUGUCGCUGAUCUGUCACACUCAAUGUAUCAAAAUACUACACAGUUUCCGAGACCCUGGCGGAAAUAUUCUGCAAAAACUAGUCAUUGAUGACCAGACGGGCAACGUGUUUCUCGGUGCCUUAAACAGACUUCAUAAACUGGAUCCCGAUCUCAACAUCGUGCAGAGUGCUUCAACUGGACCACGAUUGGAUAAUGUGGAGUGCCCGCCUCCAUUGCUACCAUGUGAUAAACCUAAAACUCAACUCAACAGUCAGAUCAAAGGCUUAGUGAUUGACUCCGCCUCCAACUCGCUCAUUUUAUGUUCGUCACUUUUUCACGGAUCUUGCCAAACAUUGGCAUUAAACAAUAUCACAAACGUUAAAAAGUUUUUUCAUAAACCUUUAGUCCCUAACGACCAUCAUUCUUGUUACAUGUUUCUUGCUCCUUCUAUCAACAACACGCAGGCAUUGUACAUAGCAACCGCCUACAGUGACCUUGGGGAUGCAGCUUAUCGUGACCUUGUGCCUAGUAUCAGCAGUCGUAGCCUGGAUAAUCUAGAUUUCAUACAUCGCGAUACCGAAGGAUCUACGAAAUUGGAAAUUUUGAAAGAGUAUCGCGAAAGUUUUAUAGUGAGGCAAUUGUAUGGAUUUCAAAAUGGCGGCUUUGUUUACUUCAUCACUCUUCAACGAGAAAACCCAGGAUCGCAGAAAAUUGUAUCGAGAAUCAACAGAUUAUGUCAGCAGGACAGGUAUUUCCGAUCAUUUGUGGAAAUUCCAAUAAAAUGUCAAAAAUCAGAUUCGGAUUCUUAUGAUGUGGUACAAAAUGCUUAUUUCACAAACGGUAAACUUUACGUCAUUUUUUCAAACACCGUUUCAUCAGCAGGUGCGAAGAAAUCAACAUUUUGUGAAUAUGAUAUUCAAGAUAUAGAUUUGGAGUUUAAUGAAACGGUUCGAAAUUGUUAUAAAGCUGUAGGAAAUUUUGGUCCUGAACAUUAUAAAAAAAUUGAACCUUGUCCUCCCUUAAUUUUCGGUUCCGUAGACUUCUGUGGAGAAUCAGGAGAAUGGAAGGAUUAUUCAGCCAUCGAAGGUUCCAAACCAAUCUCUGCAACACCAUUACAUUUCUUUACAUCUGACAAACCAACCGCCAUCUUUGUUCACCCUGAAGGUAACCAUAGAUACGCCUAUAUUGGUACACAAGAUGGUCAUGUCAUUAAGUUGAGGUUUGAAAAUGGCCAAGUUAACCAAUUAUUUAAGAUUACACACAGUGUGGGUGACAUCAUUUUACAAAUCACAAAUCACCCACAAUCCAAUCUACUCUACAUACUUGGCUCACACAAGCUGUCUGUGUUAUCGUUAAACCAUUGUGAUGACCUCACUUCCUGUGACGAAUGUAUGAAUGACGGAGAUGAAACUUGUGGCUGGUGUGUCAUGGACAAUAGGUGCACCACAAAAGAAUUAUGUCAAUCAUCAGUGAUAACUCCGCCUUGGUUGUCCAGAACUGACCAAUCAUGUGCUUCCAUUUCAUCCUUACAACCAUCCAGUUUGAGCUACAAGAAAUUUAUAAAUGGUGGAGAUUCAAGACAGAUAAAAUUUCAAGUAAACAAAUUAAAAUUUGAAAGUAACAGAAAUUUAAACUGUUUGUUUAUCAACGGUGAAAAACAUGACAACACUAUGGCCAUUUUGGAUCAAAAGGAGAACACAAUCACAUGUCCGUUACCACGACAACUACCUACAAUACCACAGGGUAAGGAUCAUGAAGAUUUAGAACUUCAGUUCCAUGUUGAAGGAAAGAUGAUAGUAAAACGUGAUGUAUCAGUGUUUGACUGUCAAGGCAACAAUAACUGUACAAGUUGUAGUACUAGUCAGUUUAACUGUCACUGGUGUCCUGUAUCUCAUUCUUGUGUUGAACAAUCAGAAUCCUGCCCACAGGGAGACAGUAUAAAGGUCAAUGACCGCUGUCCGAGAUUAGAAACUGCAGCAUCAGAUACAGAUAUUUUAGUGCAUUCUGGUGAAUUAAAAACAAUUUCUGUCCAGGUUCGAGCUCUGGAGGCAAAUCAGAGAUCCAAUUUAAAAUGCCAUUUUGAUCUUUCUGGUCAGGUCCAGACCGUGUCUGCUAAAAUAUCUUCUUCAACUCUAACCUGCGAGACAAUCAAGUUAGCGUAUGCUGACGAUAUACCAUACAUAGUAGCAGGGUUCAAGGUCACUUGGGGUCAACAAAAUCAUCCGUUAGAUAACCCACAACGAAUGAAUGUGCGGAUCUAUAAAUGUGCGUCCAUGGUAACCAACUGUGGUAAAUGUCUCAGUCUAGACGUAGAGUAUGAAUGUGGAUGGUGUGAGGAUCAAUGCUCCUUACAGAAGAAAUGUCAGAAAUCCUGGCUAGAUCAGUCUGAAACUUGUCCUAAUCCACAGAUACUGAGGUAUAGUCCUAGUAAAGGACCUGUCAAGGGUAAAACAGAAAUUCAGGUCAACGGAAUAAACCUGGGAAAAGAGAUCUCAGAUAUUUUAGGUCAGGUGACUGUUGCCGGGUUACCAUGUGAUGUCAUGCAAGAGCACUAUGAACCAUCGUCAAGUUUUAAAUGUGAAGUAAAAGGGGUGACGUCUGCUAAAUCUGGGACAGUGAAAGUUGUAGUCAAUAAUAAAUAUACUGCUGAAUCAGAUACAGUCUUUGAAUUUGUGGAUCCAGUAUUAAACCAUGUUGAUCCUAAACAAGGUCUGAUGUCUGGAGGUACAAGAGUUCUAAUCAAGGGGAAUAAUCUAGAUGUUGGUAGUGAUACUCAAGUUAUAGUUGGUGGAAACUCUGUACCAGUCAUAAAGUAA